CCGAACGGUGGCCUUAGUAUUCGUGGCAUGGCAUCCUACCCAACUCAUAUCACAUCGUGUCGACUUUAACCUCAUCUCUGUAAUCGUUGUUUUUCUAUUGAAGUAUAGCAUCUCGUCGUAUUCGUCUCUCCUUCACUCCUUCUAUAGUUUCCAAAGCUUGCCAGUCAGAAUUUGUGUUGAAGCUUCCUAUUUCUUCGUGAAUUGGCGAUAGCAGCUGAUUUAUCAUGGAUCCAGAGUUUCUUUCGCGACUGAUACCACAAAGCAAAGAACAAGUUAGACCAGCUUGCAAGAAAUGCGGCUAUGCAGGUCAUCUGACAUUCCAGUGUCGGAACUUCAUCAAAGUUGAUCCGAACAAAGAAAUAGUGCUGGACAUUAGCAGCACAAGCUCAGACAGUGAUGAAAACUACUUGUCACCCUUAACUGAGUUGAGGGAGAAGGAGCUGUCGAAGAAACGGAAAAAAGCCAAGAAGAAAUUAAAGAAGGAAAAGAAGCGUGGUAAAAAGUCUAAGCGAGAACGAGCCAAAUCCAGGUCUAGAUCUAGAUCAAGUUCUGUAACUUCGGAUCCCAGGUCGGAGUCAGAGUCGGACUCAUCUGAUAGUGAGAAGAAGAGGCACAAAAAAAAAAGUAAAAAAUCCAAGCGCAAAAAACAUAAGAAGCGCAACUCCUCUGACUCUGAUAGCGACAACAGUGAUAACUGAUGAUUAAAUAAAUAACUUCCAUGGCUAAUCAAUAAUAUCGAAUAAUCAUCUACUUUUACUUCAGAUUUAAGCUAUUAUUGGCAUUCAUUCUGAAGUCCUCCCAACAACAAAAUUUUUUUAAUAUUUAAACCUAACUGUAUGUUCUCGAACUUUCUGAUGUAAAAUAUUUGACGAUGUACCAGUACUUCCUGAGAAAUUUUUCAAUAAAUGAUUACCUUUUA